CGGCGGAGGCGGGCCGCGGGGCCGGGGCCGCGGCGCGCGGCUCCCUCCCUCGGCAGCCCCUUGGCGGUCACCGGCGGGGUUAGGCCGCCUCGUCAGCGAGUCGGGCCCGCCCGCCCCUCCUCUCCCCCGCCCCGCCGCCGCUCGGGCUCGCCCCCCCCGGCCACCAUGAGCGACCAAGAGAGUCCCGAGGAGAUGGCGACAGCCAAGCCCGAGAAGGGCGAAGGAGAUGCCAGCAGUAACAGCAGCACAGGCGGUGGGGAGGGCCAGGAAUCACAGCCUUCCCCGCUGGCUCUGCUGGCAGCUACCUGCAGCAGGAUCGAGUCUCCCAACGAGAAUUCCAACAGCUCCCAGGGCCAGCAAGGCGGGAGCGGCGAGCUGGACCUGACAGCCGCCACUGCUCAGAUCGCCCAGUCUGCCAACGGCUGGCAGAUCAUUUCUGCUGGCUCCAGCACACCGACGGCCUCCAAGGAACAGGGUAGCAACGGCAGCAAUGGUGGAGACGCCUCCAAAAGCCGGCCCAUGAGCGCGGGGCAGUACGUGGUCACGACUGCUUCCAACCUGCAGAACCAGCAGGUGCUCACGGGCCUGCCGGGAGUUAUCCCGAAUAUCCAGUACCAGGUCAUUCCCCAAUUCCAAACCAUUGAUGGGCAGCAGCUUCAGUUUGCCACCACCCCUGCCCAAGUCAACGUGCAACAGGAUGCCUCUGGUCAGCUCCAGAUCAUCCCUGGCACGAACCAGCAGAUCAUAACAAGCCGAGCGGGGACGAGUAACCUCAUCGCCAUGCCAAAUCUGCUGCAGCAGGCUGUCCCCAUCCAGGGUGUGGGCUUAGCCAACAACACCCUCUCAGGGCAAACCCAGUACGUGGCCAACGUCCCGGUGGCUCUGAACGGCAACAUCACUUUGCUGCCCGUCAACAGCGUGGCCGCCAGCCUGGCUCCCACCUCUCAGACGGUCACGUUGAGCAGCUCCGGCUCACCGGACAGCAGCUCCCAGCCGGCCACCUCAGGCGCUGCCAUCAGUUCCACCAACACGGCCACAUCUCACGCUAGUUCCAGCGCCUUUUUUACCAACGCCAACAGCUACUCCACCACCACCACCACCAGUAACAUGGGCAUCAUGAAUUUUUCCACCAGCGCGACGGUGGGGACCAACGUCCAGGCGCAGACACCCCAGAGGGUCAGCAGCGUCCAGAGCUCGGACUCUCUGCAGAGCCAAGUUUCUGGGGUGCCGUUGCAGCCAGGGCAGCAGAAAGAGGGGGAUCAAAGUCAGCAGUCGCAGCAACAGCAGCAGCAGAUUCUGAUCCAACCUCAGCUGGUCCAAGGAGGGCAGGCAAUCCAAGCCCUCCAGACCACCCCACUCUCUGGCCAGACCUUUGCCACUCAAGCCAUCUCCCAAGACGCCUUGCAGAACCUGCAGCUCCAAGCUGUCCCCAACUCCGGGCCCAUCAUCAUCCGAACGCCCACGGUGGGUCCCAACGGGCAGGUGAGCUGGCAGACCAUCCAGCUCCAAAACCUUCAGGUUCAAAACCCCCAGGCCCAGACAAUCACCUUGGCCCCCAUGCAGGGAGUGUCACUGGGGCAGACAGGCAGCACCAGCACCACGCUCACCCCCAUCGCCUCCCUCCCCAGCGGCACUGUCACGGUCAACGCUGCCCAGCUCUCCUCCAUGCCAGGCCUCCAGACUAUUAACCUCAGUGCCUUGGGAGCGUCUGGGAUCCAGGUGCAUCAGCUGCAAGGGCUGCCGCUGGCCAUAGCAAACACUGCUGGCGACCACGGUGCUCAGCUGGGUCUUCACGGCACGAGCGGAGAUGGGCUGGGAGACGAGAACGCGGCUGUAGAGGAAGGAGAGACCAGCCCGGACCCACAACCCCAGCAAGGACGGAAAGUACGGAGGGAAGCAUGUACCUGUCCUUACUGCAAAGACAGCGAGGGAAGGAGCUCUGGGGAUCCAGGUAAAAAAAAGCAACACAUCUGCCACAUCCCGGGCUGCGGGAAGGUGUACGGCAAAACGUCUCACCUCCGGGCUCACCUGCGGUGGCACACCGGGGAGCGACCCUUCGUCUGCACCUGGAUCCUCUGCGGCAAGCGUUUCACCCGCAGCGACGAGCUGCAGCGACACAAGCGCACGCACACAGGGGAGAAGAAAUUCGCCUGCCCGGAGUGCCCCAAACGUUUCAUGAGGAGCGACCACCUCUCCAAGCACAUCAAGACCCACGCGAACAAGAAGGGAGGCGCGGGCAACAACGUGGCCAUGAACGUCUCCACCGUCCCCAUGGACACGGGGGCCUCGGCGGAGGGUAACGGCGGGGCCACCCCCUCGGCCCUCAUCGCCACCAACAUGGUGGCCAUGGAAGCCAUCUGCCCCGAGGGCAUCGCCCGCCUGGCCAGCAGCGGCAUCAACGUGAUGCAGGUGGCCGAUCUCCAGUCCAUCAACAUCAGCGGCAACGGGUUCUGAGGGCGAAGCGGGACGCGGGCACCGGCAGGCGACACGGCGGCGCCGGGCGGCACGGGGCCGAGAGGCGAGCGGAGACGGAGCCGGGAGCUAUUUUCACCGCGAGGGCGAUGUCCCUUGUCACCCUCCAGCACUAAAGCCCAGCUCCUCUUACCUGGGAUCGCAGCCCUCCUUGAGCUGUCCGACCUCCGGGGCCCGGUGACCACACACGAAGGCCAGAGCUAUAUAUAUAUUUUUUAAUUUCGGCUUGACCUUAUUAUUAUUAUUCCCCCCCACCCCCCACCUCCCACUCCCUCCCUAAGAUCCAUCUGCCCCUCCGUAGCUAGCCUUCGACGCCAUCAUGCCUUGGUAAAAGUAUAUGAUCGUUGAAAUACUUUUUAGGAAAAAAAAAAAAACAACAAAAAACCCACAAAAAAAAUCAAAGAAAAAAAAGACAAAAAAAACCCAGCCAAAACACACACACCCCCCCUAAAAAAAAGGAAAAAAAAAAAGGAAAAAAAGAUUCUAUAUUAUUAUUAUAUAUAUAAAAAUAUAAAAUGUGUUUGUUUGAGAGAGGAGAGAUUUUGCUGCGACCAUGGCUUGGUCCCUUUGAUGCCUUAUCUUGGAACAGGUCGACCCUGUGGGGCAGUUCGGACAGUGCCCGAGCUGACCUUCAGACCUUAUAUUACAUUUUACAUUGUAAUCUUAAAAGAAAAAAAAAGGAAAAAAAAAAAAAAAAUCCCCCCGUCGUUUUUGUACGCUUUGCUUUUAGGUUGUUCUUUAAUUUCUUUGUAAUUAUUCGGGUGAGGUUUUGCUUCCCCCCCCCAGCCCUCCACCCCCGACCUUGUAAAAACAGCUGCCCUCUCCUUGCCCUUCACUGGACUUUUUGAUCUUUAUUUUCCAGCGAUCUUCUUUACGAAGAUCCUUUUCCUCUGGCUUUUCUAAAUCCUCGCUCUGGCGGGCUGAGCGGUGACUCUACACGUGGAAUCGAGUUGUAAAGGGUUUCGUGCGGGUUCACUCGAGCUAUUUAGCAGAGGGUCUGGGACCCGGUGCGUUGGGGUACGGCGGGAGACGGCUCGGGAGGUCCUCCUCGGGGAAAACGUCUAUUUUUCUGGGGCCGCUGUUGGUCAUAAGAAUAAUAAUAAUUCUGAAAAACCAGUGCCUCCGGAGCUGGUCGGCGGGAGAUGGCACUUUUCCACCCCGGAGAGGUCCCGGCGGCGAGGGGACGCGGGACGGGUUUUGCCUCGUGGGUUUUGCCGUGACGCUGCUGGAGGUGGCUCCUUGCGCUUCCCCCUGAAAAAAGGUGUUGGAAUUGGGGGACGGUUCAGGGAAAACCCUUUUCGGUUUUCCAUACCUGGCUUUUUCCCCACCCUGGGAGGGCCGGGACAGCUCAGUCCUCUUCCGUUCUUCCUCCCACACCCUCCUCUUCCUGCUCCAGUCCAGACAAUAUCUGCCCUUUCCCCUCCGGCUGUAAACAGGCAGGGGCUGCCCUGCCCGCCGCAGGAAGGAGCCGUGGGGGGGCCCGGCGCCGUCCCCCCGAUACCAGGGGGGAUUUCAUCUCAGGGUGAUGCAGAGCACGUGGGGCAGCUUUGAUUUCAUCCCCGAAACAAGGCAACGGUGGGACGUGGGUCCCAACCACCCCCUCGAAGGCAGCAGGGAGCCUUUUUGGUGAAAUCUCUUUGUUUCCGAGCAGAAAUUUUGGGGCGAAACGAGGACGAAACGGGUUUGAGCUGGAGAGGAGAGCGCGCCGCCGGGAAGCUUAGAGGAGAGCUGAGCAGAGCAGGCAGCGUCGGUUGUAGGAGCGACCCCGGGGUGUGGAAGCAAACCCCGGUUCGGAGCUGGAGAGCGUGUUGAGUGGUUUGGGGAGGUGGAGGCGGCCGCCGGCAUCCCCGUCUCGCUGGGUCGACGCUCGUCGUGUGUCUCCCCUUUGCUUGCGGGGGGAACCCGGUGCGGAGGCCAGAAAACACACACACACACACCCCCCACGGGUUUUACUCGCAGAUCUUGGAUCCGUGAAUCCCACCUGCCAACGGCGUCUUCCUCCCUCCCCACCCGAACGCGAGGGGUUCUGCUGUAUCAUUUUUCUACAAGCGUUUUAUUUUUCCCUGCCUGAGGAUAACCAGGAAAUUUCCCGGGAUGCGGAGGGUGGGUGACACACACACACAGAGCCCCCCGCCGUGCUCCCCGCGCCCGGAGAUGUCUCCUCCCGCCCUGGGCUGCCCGGUGGGCUUCGGCAUAGCCGGGGGGCAGAUGUCGGCUCGGGGCUGAGGUUGCCAAAAUCACUCAGGUGGGCUUGAAAGGCCUUUGGAGAGGAAUUAAACCAGCGUUCCCCAGCCGGGGCACCCCCGGGGGAGCCUCGGGGGCUGAAUUUUCUACAGAACCCCGAGUUUAUCCACGCUCGGAUGCUUCUCAUGGCAAGGUGGGCUCCGCCGGAGCCAGGGAAACCCCUGAAUCCACACCAGGGACCCCCCCUCCCCUCCCCGGGGCCGAACCAUCGGUGGCAAAACCCAGCCAAACUGUGAAGCGCGAAGGUGUUUUUACCUUGGUUUGUUGGUUUUUUGGGUUUUCGGUUUGUUUUUUUUUUUAAAAAAAAAAAGAAAAAAGAAGAAAAAGCUCUGCAGGGAGGGAGGCGGCGAGCGUGGCGAUUCCUCCGGCCGAUCUUUCCGCUCUCUCUCUCUCUCGAUAUAUAUUUUUGCAUUUGUAUAUUUUUAUAUAGGAAACUUUAAGCAUUUGUAUUUUAAUAAUCUGUGAAGCACUAUGAGUUCCCCAGCGCGUCGUGUCCGUCUCUUCCCCCCCCCUUGAUACUGGAAGCUACAGAGAAUUGGUAGAAAACAGGAAUUUUUUAAUUUAAUUAUUGAUAUGGGUUGGGUUUUUCCCCCCCCCCUUACCCCCACCCCAUAACCUGGGGGUCCCCGAGAUCCCCGUGCUUGCCGGCUCUGCUCCGUCCCAGCCCACCCUGCGCCCAGCAGGGAUCAAGUGCCAAACCCGCAUCCCAAAACCUCGCCGAGGGGACGGGCUGUGCCGUGGGAUUUUGGGGUGUCCUCGUUGUCCCCCCCCACCCCAGGUUACGUUCCCCAUCAUCCCUGAUGAAUCUUAAUUUUCCUAUGGAAACGCGGCCGGGAGGUGGGGGGGCCCUCGGUGGGGUCCUGGGGGACCCUGGGGUCAGCGGGGGGGGGGGGGGGGCUCCACACGGAGCUCGGGGUGCUUGCCCUCCCCCGUGUUUUGGGGGGUCAGAGGGUUUGGGGGGGGCGGUGAGGGGAGGGCAGCUGGACCCGUUCAUCCCCUUUUUGGCUCUGUGGCACCCAGGCCCCCACCCUGCUCCGUGCACCCCACGGGCCCCCCCAAAACCCCACCAGCCACCCCCAGGGCGGGGGGGGACACACAAAAACGUGCCUUGAUAAGGGGGUGACAGGCUGGGGAUGAGCCCCCGCUCCCCUCCUGCCUCCCCCGGACUUUUAUAUCCCCCUCCAGGGGGUUUGCAGCGGGGGGGGGGGGGCGCGGAGGGAGGAAAUUAGGGUGUCAGGGCCAUCCCCAAGGCUCCCCCCAUCUCCCAGCUUUAAUCCACUGUCACCCCUUAAUUUUGGGGGGGCCGGGGCCAGUCUAUGCAGCGCGGGGGUGGGCAGGGGGGUCCCGCAGGAUCCGGCCCCUCCACACUGGCAAUAAUUCUCUCUCCCUGUCUAAAGACUGUUUGAUCUUGUCAUGUCUGUGCUAUAUAUUAAAUCUUUUUUUGGGGGGGUGGGGGGGGUAUUUUGUGUUUUAAAAAUCAGGUGGCUGAUGUAAUAACACCCAAAAACAUGGGUUUUGGGUUCGUUUGGGGGUUUGUUUUGUUGUUUUUGAUUUUGUUUUGUUGUUUUUGUUUUGUUUUGUUUUGUUUUUUCCCCAAAGUGCUAUUUUUUGUACAAAAAGACUUAGAUUAAAAUGUUAGGUUUUUUGGGGGGGCUCCUUUGUAAACGGGGAAUGACGAUUUCUUUUUGUAAUAAACACGAGUCGCUGGC